AUGAGCAACUCAAGUAUUUUCCCCCGUGAGGGUCUUUACAUCGACCCGAUUAUAGGGGGCCUACGAAAAACUCUCCUUCAUCCGGUGGUAACGUCGAUAUUUCUCUAUCUAGUGCAGACAGGCAGAUUGAGCACCCUUAUUCCAUACGAAAGGCUGGUUCAAUUGACUGCAGCGGCCAGCAUCACCCUUUGGCUCAAUGAAUGGUUGAACGUCAAAAGUCGGAAUAACUGGGUGAUAGAUGAUACAUGGGACUGGAAGAAGGAGGUGGUGGUGGUGACUGGCGGAAGCGGUGGAAUUGGUGCGGGAAUUUCUCAACGUCUUGCUGCUCUGGGGGCAAAGGUGAUCGUGUUGGAUAUAAUCCCUUUGACAUUUGAGCCCGGAACAAAACGCAUCAUGUACCGCAAGUGUGAUCUGAGUGACGAAAUGGAAAUUGCGAAUGUUUGCAAAGAGAUUAGAACGGAGGUGGGACAUCCAACUGUCUUAGUGAAUAAUGCUGGCUUGUCACGCGGUCGAACUGUCGUCGAGGGGACGUAUAGCGACAACAUCAUCACGCUGAAGACCAACUUACUAGCGCCAUUUUUACUCUCGAAGGAAUUUCUCCCGAACAUGAUUCAACGAAACCACGGACACGUUGUCAAUAUAGCUUCUAUGAGCGCAUAUAUACCACCUCCGGGGAUUGCUGACUAUGCGGCAUCAAAAGCAGGGUUGAUCGCGUUUCACGAGUGCCUGGCCCAAGAGCUACAAGUGCUGAAUGCACCAAAAGUUCGAACUUCUCUUGCAGUGCUGAGCUUCACAAAAACGCCGUUAUUUAAGGGAGAGACGAAUCAGUCCCGAUUCCUGAUGCCUCUUUUGCACGUUGAAACUGUAGUCGACGCCAUCGUUGAAGCACUUGACAGUGGUCUAGGCAAAACUAUUUUCCUUCCAGGCAUAUUUAGAUUUUUUGCAGGCUUGAGCGUUCAGCGAGGAGCCCCAGAUUGGUUCCAGAAUUUGAUCCGCGGAGGCACCAGGUCCCUGAAUGUGGAGUUCAAAGGUCGACAGAAAAUUGAUCCAAAUUCUGGAAGACUUGUUGGUUAA